AUGUACGUCAUGGGAUGCGCUUUUUUUUCGCACAGGAGUGUUCCACUUAAAGCAUCACUCUAUGAAUCUGAGGUGGCGCGGAUUUCAGGUGGAGUAUUCGUGUACGGGAUCGUAGAUUAUGGAGAGGAGGGUGAUUCCGUCCAUUUCUUCCUAAUUGCCGUAAAAAAACGACACUAUGGAUAUGGCUUCGAGCGUUCCGGCGCGGUACUUUCUACACCGAGUUUGUUUGGAGCCUAUUUCGACGACAUAUUGGUCGCUGGUGGGGCCAUCGGCGAACACAAUGCACGACAAGAGGUCGUACUCAAGCGGAUUAAAGACUACGGAAUCCGUGUUCGACUCGACAAAUGUGCUUUCCUGCAGACGGAGAUCACCUACCUUGAGUUCGUCACCAACGCACAAGGACGACGCCCCGAUCCUGAAAAGAUCAAAGCUAUUCAGAAGAUGCCCGCUCCGAAGGACGUUAGUCAACUUCGCUCGUUUCUGGGACUCAUAAAUUUCUACGGAAACUUCGUCAAGGAUCUCCACAAUCUACGCGCUCCUUUGGACACUCUCACGAAAGAGGAUGUUGUCUACACAUGGACACCGGAGUGUCAGUCUUCCUUCGACAAAAUUAAGGCAGUCCUAAGCUCGGAUCUCCUUUUGACCCACUUUGACCCAAGUCUCCCGAUCAUCGUUGCCGCUGAUGCUUCCAAUUACUGA